GCCUCAACCUUAUUAAUGUUUUAUAUUCUAACCAUUUAUUCAUAUUUAUUCACCCUCUCUUGACAAUCAGCAAAAUGUGCAUAAACUAAAUUGUGUAUUGCAACUAUUUACUCUCUGUAUGUAAAUAUCGGCUUCUUACAUAUAAAAAAACUCUUUACUAUAUUCUGCCGUCGCUCACUUCAAUUACAUUUUCAUUCCAUUUCACAUCCACAUUUCGAAACAGGAAAGCGCAGACGAUCGAAAAUAUGGCUGGUUUAGAAGCCAUUAAAUAUGGCAGAGGAAGGCUAGAAGUUCUAGAUCAGUUAAGACUUCCGCAUGAGUUUGUGUAUGAUCAUGUCUCUACUUGUGAAGAGGCAUUCGAUUCAAUCAAGUCGAUGCGUGUGAGAGGUAUCUAUUGCUCUCUUGUCAGUCGGACAUCAUGAUGAGCUUUAAUGGCUAAGUGUUUAUCAGGAGCCCCAGCAAUCGCGAUUGUGGCAGCUCUUGCGCUGGCCGUAGAGCUUCAUCAUCAAAAGGAUGGUUGGUACUUCUUGACGAUUGACUCAAAACAGUAUUUGCUAAGUAGCUAAUGCGAAAUGUUUCAGGUUCAAAGACGAAACAGGAAACUGUGCAAUAUAUCAACAAGCGUCUUGAUUAUCUCCUAGGUAGUAGACCUACUGCCGUUGAUCUUUCAAAUGCCAUCAAACUUCUCAAACGAGUUUCUCAGUCUGCUGCCGAAGCUACAAAUGCGUUGGGUGACAGUGCUGCUUGUGCGGAUGUCCGAAAGGGAUACAUUGCUGCGGCAGAGAAGAUUUUAGAAGAUGAUCUCACCACCAAUUUGGCAAUUGGUAGAUAUGGAGCGGAAUAUCUAAGACGACAACAGAUGCCAAUUGGAGGUGAGGAAGAUGAUGAGGAUCCUUCGAAAUUUUUUACAACGAGCCCACCAUGCACUCAAGGGGCACCGGACAGGACAUAUAGAAAAUUGAGUGUUCUCACGCAUUGCAAUACUGGGUAUGUUAUUCGAUCUGCCUUCUUCCAUGCCAGAACAAGGAAAAAGUACUAACAACCCCAUCUUCAGCUCCCUAGCUACUUCAGGUCACGGUACCGCCUUAGGUAUAAUCCGCAGCCUGCACAAAAUGAACUACCUCGACCAUGCCUAUUGUACUGAAACUCGACCUUAUAAUCAAGGCUCCCGACUCACUGCUUUUGAGCUUGUUUACGAAAAGAUUCCCUCUACACUCAUUACCGAUUCUAUGGCGGGUGCUCUUUUCGCCCGGAUGAAAGAAAGCAAAAACAUAUCUGCUGUCAUUGUAGGAGCAGAUCGCGUCGCUCGCAAUGGUGAUACUGCCAAUAAAAUUGGAACUUAUUCUCUUGCCGUUCUUGCAAAAGCUCACAACAUAAAGUUCAUAGUUGCAGCACCUACAACAAGUAUAGAUCUCGAGACGGUUUCAGGAGCAGAUAUAAAAAUCGAAGAUCGAGCUCCAACAGAACUUACACAAAUAAGUGGAGCUGUAGUAGGAAAAGAUGGACAUGUAGAUGUGAAUACGACGGCUAGAGUGGCUAUUGCUCAUCAAGGAAUUGAUGUUUGGAAUCCUAGUUUUGACGUUACGCCCAGUAUGUAUAUUGAUGCGGUCAUUACGGAAAAGGGAGAAGUGGUCAGGAGUUCAAAGGGUACAUUUGAUUUCAAGACAAUUAUGCCGGAGCGGUGGGCACAACAAGUUGAGGGGAAAGAGUUGAGUGCUCAGACAAAUGUAAAAGCACAUGUGGAUGAUGGAACACAAUUUCCAAUGGAGAACAUCUGAGAAGACAAAAAGAAUGUUUGCCUUUGAUAAGAACUUAUAGUAGCUUGUUUUGCAUCUAACAUCCUAGAUUUGGUUGACAGAGAUCAACUCGCUUAAAACCCAUUGGCAAUUACUUGUAUUUUCUAUGAAAUCACUACAUCUAAUAAACUCUGAUCAUAAUCAUCGACUUUCCUCA